GCCCGAGCGGCCGCUCAGCAUCGCCUGCCACAUCGAGGGAAGCGUAAUAAUCGACUGAGCGACUGACGAGCGUUAGUCACGAGCAACAUGGCGAACGCUCGGUGGUAGGCGGAUAUUUUGCGGGACGCGGAAACGUCAUACAUGCUGGCCCGUAGCUGUCAAAGCCGCAGACAAGCAGAGGGAUGGAGCUGUUCCGCACCGACACCCAUUUCAUCUUCGUGAAGGAGAGGCACAGCCUCUGGUGCGACAAGUUCACCGGCGAGUUCGCCGCGAAAUCAGAUUGGGAAUGGGCCACGCCGAAGGAUCUGGAGUGCCUCGGGAUGUUUUACGGGAUAGUGGGGAAAAUUGAACAGACGUCGGUGCUGGAGCCUCGCCUGAUGCUCAUAAAGGACGUCACGCCGGCGGGGGAGCUGCACGGCGGCCACGUCGUCUACAAGAUCAAGUCUAUCGCGUUUCUCCACGUCGGCACGGAGAACACGGACAUCGGCCUGCUGCCCUGCAAGAAGCAUCAGUACGUGCUGAAGAAGAAGGGGAGCAGCGGACUGUUCGACGUGCCGCAGAAGGCGGCUCUGGCGAAGACCUGGGGUACGAUCAAGAAUGCCACGAACAGCAUAAAGAACACCACGCAGCACGCUGCCGCGCUGGCUACGUCGCAGAUGAAGUCCACGGUGACGAAGCGAGGCGUGAUGAAGGACAAGGACAGAUUCGAGAGGAGAAUAUUGGAGGAGCUAAAUAAGAUAUUCACCGAGACCGAUUCGUUCUUCUUCUGUCAGACUGGCGAUAUCACUAACAGCUUGCAGCGACAGUGCGUGCUGGAAUCUCACGGCCAGGACAGUCGAGAGAAGCCGCUGUGGCAGCGCGUCGACGACAGAUUCUUCUGGAACAAGCACAUGUUGCAAGACAUUAUUAAUCUGAAUACAGAUAAGGCAAACUGCUGGAUAUUGCCGAUCAUUCAAGGAUACGUUCAGAUAGAAAAAUGUAUAGUCGAGGUGGGAUUUGACGAACAACCGCAACAAGAGAUAUUUAAUUUAGCGAUUAUAUCAAGGAGGAGUAGGUUCCGCGCUGGAACUAGAUACAAGAGACGCGGAGUGGACGACGAUGGCAAGUGUGCAAAUUACGUUGAGACUGAACAAUUAGUUUGGUAUCACGACCAUCAGGUAUCCUUUGUGCAAGUACGAGGAAGCGUGCCGGUAUAUUGGUCUCAACCUGGGUAUAAAUAUAAACCUCCGCCGCGGAUUGAUAAGGACGAGGCUGAAACGCAGAUAGCGUUCGAAAAGCAUUUUGGCGAAGAGCUUGCAUUGUACGGGCCUAUUUGCAUUGUUAAUCUGGUCGAACAGUCUGGCAAAGAGAGGAUCAUUUGGGAAGCUUAUAGCGACCACGUAUUUAAUUAUAAUCAUCCAGAUUUAACAUACACCAUUUUCGAUUUCCACGAGUAUUGUCGAGGAAUGCAUUUUGAGAAUGUGUCUAUUCUGGUUAAUGCAUUGGCUACGAUGCUGGCAGUUAUGGGCUACUGCUGGCGCGAUAAACAAGGUACGAUUUGCACGCAAAAAGGCAUAUUCCGUGUGAAUUGCAUAGACUGCUUAGAUAGAACGAACGUGGUGCAAACCGCUCUGGGCAAAGCUGUUAUGGAAAUGCAAUUUUCAAAAUUGGGACUGAUACCUCCUGACGGGAUUCUGCCUGUGAACAUAAGACAGACUUUCCAAUCGCUUUGGGCUAAUAAUGGAGACAUUAUUAGCAAGCAAUACGCGGGAACAAAUGCUCUAAAGGGAGAUUAUACGCGUACCGGGGAGAGAAAAUUUACCGGGCUGAUGAAAGACGGCAUGAAUUCCGCAAACAGAUACUAUCAGCAACACUUUAUGGAUGACUUACGUCAGGCGGCGAUAGAUACGCUGCUAGGGAACUCGAUUGAUGUUCACCAACUGAACAACGAUUGGUCACACUAUUUAGAUAUCCUUGAUAAUUGCUGUCUCGAACUUAUACCUAUGAAACCACCAAAUAUACAACUUCAACUUGCUACUCAUCCUGACUUCCUUUAUGCCACUACUCUAUAUAAUUUAGCAAGAUAUUACUUAAAUCGUUUCAAGGAUGUCUACAGACAAGCGACGAUUGAUAUAAUGUUGGGGAAUUCAGUGAGUGAAGAGGUGUUCCUGGAACGCACGGACGAGGAAGACAACGCGGCGACCGCGAUUCACGUGAAAUUGCUGAUUGAAGAUUGCAAAAAGUUACUUAUACCUGAUCCGGAAAUUAUUCUAGGCAGUUGGGGAGUUAUCGACGCCGAUCCUGUUACUGGCGAUCCAACGGAGACGGAAAUGGAUACUAUCUUGAUACUGACCCGAGAUAGCUAUUACAUUGCCGACUAUGACGAUCAAAUCGACAAAGUCACAAACUACCAAAGAGUUUUGCUAGAUGACAUCGUACUAAUUGAAUUCGGUCAGCCUGAAAACACGGUCUCAUUUUUCAAAAAUAAACAUUACCACUGCAUUAGAAUCAAUUAUAAGGUAAACGGCGAGUACGGCUACUUUCACAUGUUUCGUAGUACGAAUUUAAGGUUUUUCAAUAACAUGGCGGUUGUGAUCAAAACUGAGGAGGAAAGCAUAGAAUCGUUGAAGGCAAUUUGUGAAGCUAUUUCAGUAGCCAUGGAGAUAGCAAACUUGCCAAAGGUUCCCGUAGCCAUGAAUGUUGCGUUAGAUAAAAGAAAGAGUAAAUUAGUAAAUGUUAAAGGCUCUACUGGAUUGUUGGACAUUUCAUCGUUUCCAGAACUAACGCGAAACGUAUCUGAGACACAAUUACUUGCUUUAAAGACAGCAGGCACAAAAGCUUUAAGCAAUAUGUCGGAGCAAUUUAGCAAACUGAAUAAACUAAGCCAGAGUUUUGGUGCAAAGAAGCCAAUUAAUUCGGCAAAGAGUGUAAGUGACAGAAAGACGGAGAGGACAUCAAAGCCGAUCUUUACUGUCGGCAAUAGUAAUAUCUCGGGCAGUGCGGAAGAGAAGAGUAACAGUAGCAGGAGCAGCAGCAGCGGCAGCGAUGACGAGAAUAUUGAAAUGGCGCGGGUACACGUCGAGAAGCCAGCGAACUUCAGUCACGACAAGCACUUGAUGGAAGCCUAUACGCCAUUGAUUGGUAUUAUUAUGGGUGUGAAAAAUACCAACGUUGUAGACGGUAGUGUUUGUGAGACCAAUGCGAACAAGGAAUUAUCCAGGAUGAGACACAACGACAUGAAUUUGAAUUCGAAGGCUGAUGUAGCCAUUGACGCAUUGCAUCUGAUUCCGCAGACUGGGUCUGGCGCCAGCACUCUCAGCGCUUCGCCGCAGAAGACUACGGCGACUACGCCGGAGAUAACAGUGUACGACGUAGGGGGUAACGUAGGUGAGGAAAGAGACCGGAUGAUGCCACCGUCAACCUUAACGUUUUCCAAAAAUAUCAGUCAUUCGACAGGCGACGUGGAUAAUAAAGCGUUGGCCGGCAUUAAGAGCGCCACUCUUCAAAUGGAUAAUAGGUUGGACGAGAAGAAAAGGUCAGCCUCUGAACAGGAUUUGGUAUUGAAUAUUACGUCGUCCCAGAGCGAAUCUGCCUUAAAAUCCAUAAAGGAAAAUAUCGCGAGCGUUACUAGUCCAGUAGCAUCUACAGCCAAAGAUAUUCUGUUGCCGUUUUCAAAACUGGCGAAAGGUGUUCAAACGUUAGGAGCUAAUUUAGAUCCCAGAAAGCUAAAGACGGGCCACGUAAUGCGAAAUUUGUCGGAACACCACAUGGAGGAGCGUCAGAAACUUCAGGAAAGAUGGGCCUCUUGUCAAUCUAAACUUAUUGCUUUGUAAACUUUACCCGAACGCGAUUCCUCAUUAAAUAUCAAUUUAGAGCUUAUCAAUGAUCGCGUAUUCGUAAACAUUAAAAUCUUUAAUAUUUACGAAUAAUAUGAGGAUAUUCAGUAUAUCAGCGAUGCAAAUGCUAUUACGCACUCUUAAAAAAAGAAUAAAGUAUUAAAGAUGUUGUAUUAUAGACAGUUUUAUUAUAUAUAGAUUGCAUAAUUUAAUAUGAAAAAAUAUCAUGUAGUAAGUAGCGAAUUUCGAUCACAUUUUGUAGAAAAUCUUAUAAAUCGGUCUCACUGCACCUAUUUUCAUAUAUUUUCACAAAUAUAACAUUGAUGUGAAACAUACGAAACAAUUCACUGUAGGAAAGAGAACUGCAUGUUGUAACAAACAAAACUAAUUAUAAUUAACACAAAGUACAAUGUGGUCAAUAUUUAUUCGUAUUUAAUUUGACGAGUUAAUAAAUACUGAGCACAAACAAUAUAAUUGACAAAUGAACUGAAGAAUUUCUGUAUUGCUAUAGCAUUGUGCUGUUUUUAGAACUUUUUUUUACAAGCCGACAUCUAUAAAACGUAUAAAAUUUACCAUACAUUUGCUGAAUUUUUGGGACCUAUUUUUAUAUUUUUAAUGUAAUUUUCUGAAACUUAUCUAUUUAAUGCGACCAAUCUGUAUAAAAAAAUUGAUACGUAAACAUUCUAUAACAAGAUUGAACAUUUUAUUCUUAUUGAAUUAUUAAGUUUUGCCUGAAGUAGUUACCGAAAUUUUAUUUUCUCAGCAGAAUAAAAUAUGUUAUAUUCAUUAAGUAUAAAUAGAUACUUUUUUUAUAUUAAAAUAUAUAAAAUGAGUAACGUAAAAUGCAGAUGAGACGAUUUAUUUGUACGGAGAAUCGGGGGAGGGAAGCUUCAUAGUCAAUUAUGUAAAUACAGAUGAUUAUUUAAAUAUAGUUUAGUAAAAUUUAUAUACAAUAUAAUGUAUGGAGUUAUAACGUGAUAUAUGGUUUUGAGAUAUGUGGUUACCAAACACCGAACAAAGAUACAUGACUAUUCUACCAUUGUUAGCUUAUCGAGAGAUAUGUGCUAGAAUUUUUUUUUAGAUAAUACGUAUAAUUGUUUUUAUUUAAAAAAAUACAAAUAUAAAAAUUAAAGACUUUUGUUAGGUAAAAAAAUUGAUUAAUUUAUGAAUUUAUAAAUGUGGUAUGUACAAGAUAGCUGAUAUAAUUUAAGCGUGCAACAGCAGAACUGAAUAGUAAGUUCGUGUACUGAAGUCGCGUUUGUAUUAGUGUUAUAAUUUUAGAUGCUUUAACAAUUGUUACGAACUUAGUAUACCUUAGUAUACAAGUGUGUCGAGAGCCAGCAAUUGCAGUAUUAUAUCGAGUAUAUGCUUAUACGAAACUGCUGAAUGUUCUCCUUCGUCUAUGUAAAUCAACGAUGUAGGAGGAUUAGGCACAAGAAAAGAUAUUACGUAAAUAUUAUAUUUAUUAUAGAGAACUGUAACAUGACUUUACAUUGUCCACUGAUGUAAAUAACUAUCUCAUUUCGAUGGUUUCCAUUCCCAACACGCUUUGGGAACACAUCGACAUUAUAGCAAUCCUAAGCUCGUACUUUUAGCGGAUAUUCUUUUUACUGUCAGCAAUAGUCUGUGAUACGAUUUUACAGAAUGCACAUAGAUUAAGCUCACGAGCAGAGUUUAUGGAAGGCGUGCAUUCUAAGAGAUAUUUGCAACGCUUUAGGGUAAGAAUGAAACCACGCUGUUUCAGAUACGCAUUCUCAAAGGAUUUAUAAUUUUCGUUUAAUUAAUACAAGCUCUUAUCUCUUGUAUUCGCUUGCUCUUAAUUUAAGAAAAAAGAAUUUCUUUGGAGCAAUCUUAAGUUUAAAUUUUGUUUAAUGAAUGCAAUGUAAGGUCCAACGCAACUUUAUAUUAUCGAACCUGUGUGAUGUGUGCUAUUGCAUAUAGUUGCAGUAUUACGAGUGAUCUGCAAAAAAUAGGUGAAUUGACAAAAGAUUUAUUCUAUGCCAAAUUAGAUCGCUAAUACUCAAAGUCGAUAAUUAAUUGAGAAAAAGAUCUUUUUCAUCCAAAAAAAUCAUCUUUUAAUGUUUUCCUUUGAGCUUCAGGUAAAUAUUAAUACAUUUAUACUUGUAUAUCUGCAUGUAUUUAUAUGUAUUAACUAUUAGUAGAAAUUUAUUAUUAUAAAUUAUUUCUUAAUUCAUCUGUUCUUUGCGAGAUAAAACAUCGGUCGUACUAAAUCAUACGUAAAGGCUCUAGAGGCUUGACGUGCCCCUUACAUGUAUCUGCUAUUGUGUUUCCAGGAAAUUGUAAUAAUAAAAAAAUUCGCGUAUACACCAAACAGCAAACGUUCACAGCACUUGUAGAACAAAUAAUAAUAAAUCACAUUUUUGACUUGUGAGUAA